UCCUCAUCUUAUAAGGCACACACAUAGUAUAUAUUGUUCUCUCAAACUCAUAGUAUAAACCAAAUUAAUUAAUCAUGGGUGUAUUCACAUUUGAGCAAGAAACCGCCUCUACUGUCCCUCCUGCCAAGCUUUACAAAGCUAUGGUGAAAGAUGCUGAUGUCAUCAUUCCAAAGGCUGUUGAUGCCAUUAAGACUGUUGAAACCGUUGAGGGAAAUGGUGGUCCUGGAACCAUCAAGAAACUCACUUUCGUCGAGGGUGGACAAACCUUGUAUGUGUUGCACAAAAUAGAAGCAAUUGAUGAAGCAAAUUUGGGAUAUAAUUACAGCAUAGUUGGGGGUGCAGGAUUGUCAGAGACAGUGGAAAAGAUAUCAUUUGAGGCAAAAUUGUGUGAAGGCCCAAAUGGAGGGUCCAUUGGGAAGGUGAGCGUAAAAUAUCAAACCAAAGGAGAUGCUAAGCCCAAUGAGAAGGAGGUUCAAGAAGGAAAGGCAAAGGGUGAUGCUCUUUUCAAGGCCAUUGAGGGUUACGUUUUGGCCAAUCCUAAUUACAACUGAUCCAUCCUUCAACUAUACCUAACAUGAGUUGAUGUCUUCUUAUGUUAGCUUUCAAUCAAAUAAACUGUUCUCUUGUUUAGUUUUCCUUUCUCUCUCCUGAAAUGUGAUAUUUCAUGUCUUUGUAUCUCCCUUUAUCAAUAAAAAUUAAAUAAGUUUAUACAUAUGAAAAACACCUUUCAAAUAAUA